AUGAUAUUUUUGGAUCACCCUGGAUUAAGCAGAAUAAACUCAAUAUUUCAAUGUUUAGAUGCUCCAGACCGCUACUUCGAUACCAACUUUGAACUUGUUUCAUAUUCAAAGUCUGACGAAAACUUGAAACAUGAUCCUUCUGAAUUUUUGACCAAGUCUGUGUCACACGAUUUUACCAGUUAUUUCAAGGCUAUCUUGAACAAGUGCUUCCAGGACUACAAUUUUAGUAACUUGGAUGAGUCAUAUUUUAAGAAGGUUAACAACUUCGAUACAGUAGUCAACACUAUUUACUACAACAUCUCGUUUGUUGUCACACACCGUUUUCCUAAUUUCGCAGAUGAAUUCUGGCAAACAAUUAGGGAAGUUGUUCACAUCAAAGAUGUCGAUAUAUACACCUUUGACAGUUGUGGUGAGGACGACCCAUUCAACUCGGAAGUCUCACUAAACUCAUUCAAUUAUUUUUUCUUGGAUAAAAAACAACAACGAAUCUUGUUCAUUUCAUGUGUAAGAUGUACACGCUCAGAUGCAUUUGACAAGUCGGACUACACAUCAUCAUUCCAACCUUCCAUAUAUUCAGAUAAUUUAAACACUAAACCAGAAGAAGAUUGCCUAUCAGAUUACGAUAUUCCAGAAACUAAUGUUUUCAAUUUAUAA